ACAAAACAAGAACACGAUAUUAAAUGACUUAUCAUAGCAAUAACUCACAGUUUUAUCGACGUUAAUGUUGUUUUUUGUUAGCUACCCCCAAAUACGCAUUCCUGUUACUUGGCCAUGCAUAAGUAACGUGCGUUUCUGUCUAGUCCUCUUUUAGCUUCCAGUGGAGAGGAGAGAGAGAAAAAAAAGGUGAGGGACGGGUGGAAAUAGGUGAGGUCGCGCAUGCGCACCAGCCUCGCCCAACUGACAGGAGAACGCCGAGCUGCAUCCUCCUCAUCAUCAUCACUCGGGGUGGAGAAGAAGAGGAGGAAUAAGAAGAAGCGCAGCCACCCCUCUCUCCUCCCAUCACGACAAGGGAGACGUCGAGACAUUUUUUUUCCCCGGCUAAAAUAAUCCGCUUUUUUCUCUCCACUCCACCCUGCCGUCAUGUCAGCUGGAGGAGAUUUGGGGAACCCCCUGCGGAAAUUCAAACUCGUCUUUUUGGGAGAGCAGAGUGUGGGCAAAACGUCUCUCAUCACCAGAUUCAUGUAUGACAGUUUUGACAACACUUACCAGGCCACCAUUGGUAUUGACUUCCUAUCAAAGACCAUGUACCUGGAGGACCGAACGGUAAGGCUGCAGCUGUGGGAUACAGCGGGACAAGAGCGCUUCAGGAGCCUCAUCCCCAGCUACAUACGAGAUUCCACAGUGGCCGUGGUGGUCUAUGACAUUACAAACGUCAACUCAUUCCAGCAGACUUGUAAAUGGAUCGAUGAUGUCAGGACGGAGAGAGGAAGCGACGUCAUCAUCAUGCUUGUGGGGAACAAGACAGACCUGGAGGAGAAGAGGCAAAUCACUAUCGAGGAGGGCGAGCAGCGAGCCAAAGAGCUCAACGUCAUGUUCAUCGAGACCAGCGCCAAGACCGGCUGCAAUGUCAAACAGCUGUUUCGUCGGGUUGCAGCAGCUCUUCCCGGGAUGGAGAGCUUGGACGACGCAAAUCCUGAAGGCAUGAUUGACAUCAAGCUGGACAAACCAGCGGAGCCGAGCGUUCCCGAGGGCGGGUGCUCAUGUUAAUACAGAGCUGUGAUUGGUCAGCUCACCUUCACACCAUAACGCUUGUUGUGUUGCUUAACUACUACUGGUUAGCUUCUGGUUAAUUGGAACAUAGGAUGUAUCUGAUUGGACAAAUCAAACGUUCAAACUAUCAAUCAGUUGUUCAGUUGUAAAAUAUUGUAUACUUUGUCAAUAUGUAAGAGAGCGGAGGACAAAAAUAGGAGGGGGCGGAAACAAGAAAAAAAAACAAUGCAGAAAAGGAACAAACACACUAAACGAGAAAGGGAGUUUCUUUUAGCUGUUAUGUUUUGUAUUUUUUUAUAUAUAAAAGGGAAAGCACCAAAAAUGAUGCCUAAGCAUAAAAGGAGACGUAGUUGGAGGAAUGUGGGUCAGCCAUUUUUCAAAAAUGGCGGAGCAGGUUUGAAUGUUUGCAACACGCAUGCACGCUGAUCUUUAUUCUUUUCUUUUUUAAAACCUAUUAACCCUUUGCCUGGCCUUCUAGGGAUCCUAGCACUCUGGGCGGCACAUGACUUCUCUUCGAAUGUUUUCUAGCAUCUUCUCUCUUGACAGCAUCGUUCCCACACCACACCACUUCCUGUAGGCCCACACGACGGUAGCUGUGAACACGUGGCACUCUCCCUCUCUAUGGGUUGUACUUUUAUAGAAACAAAUUGUACUGUGCUUUGAACAUAAUAAUGGCGAUAUCGAUAACAAUAAUGAAAAUAAUAAUAAUGUACACUGAAAAAGUCCCUUACCUAUUCCCUCCUCCUCUUUCUUCCCCGUCCCGCCAUCCCGGAUGUACACGUGCAUAUAACGAUCCACUGUAAUGCACUGCAACACUGUACAUAAUAAUGUAAUAUGUAUGUUGUGAACGUCCUCUCUGUACAAGUGGUCCUUGUUCACCCGUAUGAAUAAUGUAAUAAUGUUUCAUGAUUAAUAAAUGACUGAUUAAAGGGCUUCACUCACUUACUGUCAACACUGACAAUG